AUGUUUAAUCUAGGAUUUAUUCACUUUUAUUAUGCUAUAGUUUUAUCAUUUUCCUUACAUCAAAGCACUGAAGAGUUAACACAACGUUUUGUAUUUUUUGUAUGUAAAAAUUUUGAUUGGCUUCGUUAUAGGAUAAAGUUAUUGUUGACUAUGAAAAAAAGACUUAGAACAAAGGUUUUCCCUCCAUCAUGUUCUCGGCACAGAUUUUGGGGAAUUGAAUACACUUCAGAAGGAAAUCAGUGA